GGAAGACCCGGCUCUGGGACACAGCCCCCGCCCGGGCUGGCUCUGCGCCGGGCCUCCCGGCUUGCAUUCACUCUUUGACCUGCAGUCCUCCUCCCGACACCCUCCCUACAGGUCGCACUACUGUAACCGCAGCAGGGGCCGCCUUCUCGGCCGGCCAGCGGAGAGCGCAGCGCGUCGGACUGGUGGCAUGGCUGUGUCCUGGAGAAGCUGGCUGGCCAACGAAGGGGUUAAGCACCUCUGCCUGCUCAUCUGGCUCUCCCUGAAUGUCCUGCUUUUUUGGAAAACUUUUCUGCAGUAUAACCAAGGGCCAGAGUAUCACUACAUCCAUCAGAUGUUGGGGCUAGGAUUGUGUCUAAGCAGAGCCUCCGCAUCUGUCCUUAACCUCAACUGCAGCCUUAUCCUUUUACCUAUGUGCCGAACCCUCCUGGCUUACCUUCGAGGAUCCCAGAAGGUUCCAAGCAGGCGGACAAGAAGGCUGUUGGAUAAAAGCAGAAUGUUUCAUAUAACAUGUGGGGUUACUAUCUGUGUUUUCUCAGGUGUGCAUGUGGCUGCUCAUCUGGUGAAUGCCCUCAACUUCUCAGUGAACUACAGCGAGGAUUUCGUAGAACUGAAUGCAGCAAGAUUCCGAGACGAGGAUCCUAGAAAACUCCUCUUCACAACUGUUCCUGGCCUGACAGGGGUCGGCAUGGUACUGGUGCUAUUCCUCAUGGUUACAGCUUCUACAUAUGCAAUCCGAGUUUCUAACUAUGACAUCUUCUGGUAUACUCAUAAUCUCUUCUUUGUCUUCUACAUGCUGCUGAUGUUGCAUGUAUCAGGGGGGCUGCUGAAGUAUCAGACUAAUUUAGAUACUCACCCUCCUGGCUGCAUCAAUCUUAACCGAACCCGCUACCAGAAUAUUCCCUUAUCAGAAGACUUUCAUGGACUUUUCCCUGGAGACUUUUCAAAACCAGAUGAGCUUACCAGGAAUAAAUUUGUGAAGAUUUGUGCUGAAGCCCCCAGAUUCCAAGCUAAUUUCCCACAGACUUGGAUUUGGAUUUCUGGCCCUUUGUGCCUAUACUGUGCUGAAAGGCUUUACAGAUGUAUCCGGAGCAACAAGCCUGUCACAAUCAUCUCUGUCAUAAGUCAUCCUUCAGAUGUCAUGGAAAUUCGAAUGGUCAAAGAAAAUUUUAAAGCAAGACCUGGUCAGUAUAUUAUCCUACAUUGUCCGAGUGUAUCUGCAUUAGAAAAUCAUCCAUUUACCCUUACAAUGUGUCCUACUGAAACCAAAGCAACGUUUGGAGUCCAUCUUAAAAUAGUAGGAGACUGGACAGAACGAUUCCGAGAUUUACUACUUCCUUCAACUAGUCAAGACUCUGAAAUUCUGCCCUUCAUUCAAUCCAGGAAUUACCCUAAGGAUGACUGGAAACCAUACAAGCUUAGAAGACUGUAUUUUAUUUGGGUGUGCAGAGAUAUUCAAUCCUUCCGGUGGUUUGCAGAUUUACUCUGUGUGUUGCACAACAAGUUUUGGCAAGAGAACAGACCUGACUAUAUCAAUAUCCAGCUGUACCUCAGUCAAACAGAUGGGAUACAGAAAAUAAUUGGAGAAAAAUACCAGGCACUGAAUUCAAGACUUUUUAUUGGACGUCCUCGGUGGAAAAUUCUUUUUGAUGAAAUAGCUAAAUGUAACAGAGGGAAAACAGUUGGUGUUUUCUGCUGUGGGCCCAAUUCAAUUUCCAAGACUCUUCAUAGACUGAGUAACCAAAACAACUCUUACGGGACAAGAUUUGAAUACAAUAAAGAAUCUUUCAGCUGAAAACCUUUCAGAUGAACCAGGACUCUUAAAAAAAAAGGAAUGAGUGCAAUUUUUAAGACAUUGAAACUCACCUGAAUCAAACAGCUAUGUCAUGCCAAAGAAUAGCAAGGCUUUCUUAUUUAUGAUUAUUUAAAAUGGAAAUGAAGAUAAUGUGGCAAGAUAGCAGGUAAUAGUCCAUCUUUAAUCUGGAAACCAAAAAGGCCCUGCAGAACAUUUGAUGUGAUGAUUCACUUUUCAAUGCUGGAAUUAAAAGAAAACUAUUAGACUCACACUGUUGAUUUUUAUGGCAGAUUCAAGAAGUCCCUAGUGAGACGUUGAAUUUGCUCACAGUGAGCGUGUUAGCCUCAGUCUUUGUUAAAUUGUUUUUGUUUGAACAAAUGCAAGAUUGAACAAAAUUAAAAAUUCAUUGCAACUGAGAUUACAUUUUCUAUGUUACAUAAAAGCAGAGUAACUUUAAUUUGUAAAAGCUCCACGCAAAUGUGUUAGAUGCUUAAAAAUACAGCACAGAACUCUGUAUUGAUACGGGUACUUUGUGCCAAAAGCUAUUCUUCCUCACUACUGAUGUUAAUACCUCUACUAAACAUAGACUGUAAGCUGCCUGACCCUUUUGCAGAUGUUGGGAUAGCAUCCAUUGUUAUGUUUUUCUUUCUUUUUUCCUCCAACAAAGAAAUCUGCCUUCCUUUGGCAUUCAUUAGACAACAUGGUUUACUAGAUCCAUUUCAUGUCCAGAUUAUUUGAUCUUUUAUUAUUAUUGUAUAGCAAUGAAAUAGUAUAAUUACUUUCAAUUAUAAAGGGACUUAUAUA